CCAGCAUGGCCCAGCCGCGCUGCCGCUCCGUCCUCAUCACCGGUUGCAGCCGGGGGAUCGGACUGGGGCUGGUGCGGGGGCUCGUAGCGGCCAACCCUGCCCCGGAUUUGGUCUUUGCUACCUGCCGGUAUCCCGAGAAAGCCCAGGAACUCCAGCAGCUUAGCAAGCAAUACAGCAAUAUCAGGCUCCUCCAACUGGAUGUGGUCUGUGAAAACAGCAUCAAGAAAGUAGUCAAGGAAGUGGAAGAAAUUGUGGGAGACAAAGGUCUGAACUGCCUCAUUAACAAUGCUGGCAUCAAUGUGCUUGCUUCCUUGGAAGAAGUCACAGCAGAGACAAUGCUCACCAUUUAUGAAACCAAUACAGUUGCCCAGCUGAUGGUCACCAAGGCAUUUCUACCCCUUCUGAGGAAGGCAGCCCAGCUGAGCACAGGAAUGGGCUGCCAUAGAGCUGCUAUUAUCAAUAUGUCCUCUCUUGCUGCCUCCAUGCAACUCGUCCAGGCAAAUGAGAUGUUCCUAAAGGUCUACCCCUACAGGAUAGCAAAGACUGCGCUGAACAUGAUCACCAGGUGUCUUGCUGCAGACUUGAAAUCAGACGGAAUUCUCUGUAUUUCUUUGCAUCCGGGCUGGCUUCAGACAGACAUGGGCGGAAACAUGGCUCCCAUGCAGGUGCAAGAGGCUAUCCCAGGUAUUCUCUCUGUUCUGGACCGUCUUGGUGAAAAAGAAAACGGUUCCUUCCUGGACUGGCAAGGGGAAACUCUACCGUGGUAGAAGCGCACGGCAUACUACAGAAACAACAUGUCAGUCACUAUUUAAAUUGUGCCACUAAUGUCUGUGUCUCUAGGGUUUUCUUAUAUGCUAGUUGAAAUAGCCAGUCUGAUAUCCAGCCUCUCUCUAGGUGUAUUUGGAAA